AUGGCGGCGUUAAAGUUACUAGAGAACUAUUACACAUGGGCAAAUGUCACUGAGGUCAAGGUGCUUGACUGGGUUGACCCUGAUGGUGGUUGGAAAGUUCAUCCCAUGGCAAAUUAUCCAUUUGCCAGUUUUGCUAGUGUCUUUGCCAUUUGUGUCUGCUACGUGCUCUUUGUCGUGUUCGGCUCGAUCUUGAUGAAGCUGUGUGUUCCAGCACUCAACACAAGCGCAAUUCAGUUCAUUUACAACCCGAUCCAGGUUAUUGCCUGCUCCUACAUGUUCAUGGAGACAGCCAUUCAAGCCUAUCGCAACAGCUACUCACCAACACCAUGCAACGCCUUCAAGGCUGAUGCCCCAGUAAUGGGCAAUGUCAUGUACCUCUUCUAUCUAUCAAAGAUACUGGAUUUGUGCGACACGUUCUUUAUCGUCGUUGGCAAGAAGUGGCGUCAAUUGUCGUUCUUACACGUCUACCACCACCUUUCAGUGAUACUCAUAUACUACAUUGUCUUUCGCGUCGCGCAGGACGGUGACACGUAUGUGUCCGUUGUGCUCAAUGGUUUCGUGCACACCAUUAUGUACACUUACUACUUUGUGAGUGCGCACACCCGUGAUAUCUGGUGGAAGCGUUACCUGACACUUAUCCAGCUCAUCCAAUUUGUGACCAUGAACGUGCAGGGCUACCUCAUGUAUUCUCGUCGGUGCCCUGGCAUGCCACCGAUGAUCCCGCUCAUCUAUUUAGUGUACGUGCAAUCACUUUUUUGGUUGUUCGUGAACUUUUACAAGAAAGCGAGCGAGAAAAUCAUGUCAACGGAAUUAAUACAGAGCUAUUAUGAUUGGGCUAAUGCGACGGAAGUCAAACUUCUUGACUGGGUCGAUCCUGAAGGUGGCUGGAAGGUUCAUCCCAUGGCCAAUUAUCCACUUGCUAACUUUGCUAGUGUCUACGCCAUUUGUAUUGGCUACCUACUCUUUGUCAUCUUUGGCACAACGCUAAUGAAACUCGGUAUUCCUGCUAUCAAGACCAGUCCACUUCAGUUCGUGUACAACCCCAUCCAAGUUAUUGCCUGCUCCUACAUGUGUGUCGAAGCUGCCAUUCAAGCCUAUCGCAAUGGCUAUUCGCCAGCGCCAUGUAAUGCCUUCAAGGCCGAUGAUCCCGUCAUGGGCAACGUACUGUAUCUUUUCUUUUUGUCGAAGAUGCUUGACUUGUGUGACACAGUCUUCAUCAUCCUUGGCAAGAAAUGGAAACAGCUUUCUAUUUUGCACGUGUACCACCACCUCACGGUGCUUUUCGUGUACUACGUUGUCUUUCGUGUGGCACAAGACGGUGACUCGUACAUUACCAUUGUGCUCAAUGGUUUCGUACACACUAUCAUGUACACUUACUACUUUGUGAGUGCCCAUACGCGCGAUAUUUGGUGGAAAAAGUACCUCACGCGUAUCCAGCUCAUCCAAUUUGUGACCAUGAACGUGCAAGGCUAUCUUACAUACUCGCGUCAAUGCCCGGGUAUGCCACCUAAGGUGCCGCUCAUGUAUCUCGUGUACGUCCAGUCGCUUUUCUGGCUCUUCAUGAACUUUUACAUUCGUGCGUAUGUGUUUGGCUCUACGAAACCUGCCGUGGGUGAUGCGAAGAAGAAGCUAUAA